AUGUGUGGAAUUAUCGGCGCAGUUUCCAACCGUGACAUCGUACCUACCCUGGUAGACAGCAUGCGCAUAAUGGAAUAUCGAGGUUAUGAUUCCGCUGGCAUUGCAGUGAUCAAUUCCAAUGGCGAGUUCGAUCGGGAAAGAUGCGUAGGUAAAGUGGAAAAAUUAGUUCAUUCGAUUCAGAAUGGAAGUUCAAUUUCCGGCACGACUGGAAUCGGACAUACCCGCUGGGCCACGCACGGCCCUGCGAACGAAGCCAACGCACAUCCACUCAUCAGCAGUGGCCGAGUGGCUGUCGUCUGCAAUGGAAUCAUUGAAAAUUACGAAGAAUUGCGACAUCAGCAUCUUCAGGAAGGAAGUAUUUACGAUUCUGCAACGGAUACCGAAGUCAUUCUGCAUGAAUUGAUGAAAUUUCUGGAUGACGGUUUGGGAUUCCUGGAUGCAGUCAAGGAAACAGUAAAACGACUCAUCGGUUCUUAUGCUUUCGCCGCCCUGUGUAUUUCCGAACCCGGGAAAAUCAUCGUUGCCAAGCGCGGUUGUCCACUACUGAUUGGGUUCGGUGAUAAUGAAACUUUCAUCGCUUCUGAUGCAAUUGCGCUAGCCAAGAUUGCAAAAUCCAUAAUUGUGCUGGAGAAUGGCGAUAUCGCAGAAAUUUCGGGUGUAUCGGAAACCAACAUCAUCGAUCAAUUCGGUGAAGAAGUAAAACGAAAAGAUGAGUCCAUCCUAAUUCAGCCAAAGCUCGUUGAUCUGGCACAUUACUCCCACUACAUGCAAAAGGAGAUUUUUGAGCAAGGCUCCGCGGUUGCAAACACGCUUGAAGAGCGAAUUACGAACAAUUGCAUGCUGGAAAUUGAAACUUUCGGUGAGGAAGCAGUCGAAAUAUUUAAUCAAGUGGAAGCAGUGAGAAUUCUUGCUUGUGGAACAAGCUACUAUGCCGGAAUGGUUGCAAGAAUUUGGCUGGAGUCAAUGGGAAUACCUUGUGAAGCAGAGAUUGCCAGCGAAUUCCGAUAUCGAAAUCCUGUUGUACCCGACAAUGCGUUGGUUGUCGCAAUAUCUCAAUCAGGUGAAACCGCAGAUACACUGGCAGCACUGAAUCAAGCAUCGAAACUUGGCUACAAGUAUUCCUUAGCAAUCUGCAAUUCUCCAUUCAGUCAAAUGACCCGCGUGACAGAUCUGGUUUUGCACACACGUGCAGGACCGGAAAUUUCCGUCGCUUCUACCAAGGCAUUUACCACACAACUGGUUUCAUUGCUGCUACUGAUGAUUGCGCUUGCGAAGAGAAGAGGAAUGACUGUGGAUGAAGAAGCCGAGAUUGUUAGUGAGCUUCGAGCCUUGCCAUCUCGAAUUGAAGCGCUUCUUCAAAUGGACAAAGAUAUUGCUGAAUUAUCAGAUUACUUUGCUGACAAGGAACACACCUUAUUUCUAGGCCGUGGAACUCACUAUCCGAUUGCGCUGGAAGGAGCGCUGAAACUGAAAGAAAUUUCCUACAUUCAUGCUGAUGCAUAUCCCGCUGGAGAAUUGAAACAUGGUCCGCUGGCGCUGAUUGAUGCAAAGACGCCGACGAUCGCCGUAGCGCCCAACAAUCAUCUGUUGGCUAAACUGAAAGCAAAUAUUCAGGAAGUUCGUGCAAGAGGCGGCAAGCUGUUUGUUUUUUCUGAUUCAGGAACCCCUAUCAAGUCAGACGAAUUGAUUGAAGUAAUUGAAGUUGUCAAGUCAGGGCCAUUCACCUCUCCCAUCAUUCACACGAUAGCUCUGCAACUGCUCGCCUAUCACGUGGCAGUCACAAAGGGGAAUGAUGUUGAUAAUCCAAGAAACCUAGCAAAAUCUGUAACCGUGGAGUAG